CGACCGAUCACAUGAUCAUAACAAAUUACUGCACACAGGCAUUUCCUAUUAGCAAUUGACAGACCCAUCUGUAAUCUUCAUUUUAUAGCUAAAAUCGUUGAGACAGUUAGUUUUUACCAAGUCAGCAAUUUUUCGAGUUUAAAUUGACUUUUUGAUAAAUUUCGUGAGUAUAAGCGGUUAAGAAAAUGGAUAGUGUUUGCGUUGUCCACAUUCCUCACCAGUAGGUGAGGGAAAUGUACUAUUUCGUAGUCGGCCAACCGUAAAAUAAUCCCAAAAAGAAGAAGAAGAAGAAGAAAAAGAAGACGGGUGGCGGGGAGUGAAGCAGAAAGGUUCCUGGAGGGAGACACAGAUUCGUUAAAUCUUUCUGAAUUUCGACGCAGGGCGUCACUGGUCGCUACUUAACUGGACUAAAACAUCGUUUAUUACAUCUUCCUGUCCGGUUGAACUCGUCUUCUGCACGUCGAAGCUUCGCGGCCUACUUUAGCAUACCGUAGCUUGCUAACAAGGAGACACGUUUGUGAUCAAAUGUGAGCGUAAAGUGUUUUGUUUAUCGUGUGAAAAUGUGUACAAGAAUGGCAGCUGAGUACGAGGAGGAACUUUGGGAGCCAAAAAAUGACAACGAGCACCAACCUCAACUGCUCCUGGAAGCUUUUUGCCAGAUGCAGCCAAGAGUUGUCUUACACAAAGCAGACGCCAGUGGAGAUAUUUUUCCCAAGCAACUGGAGCCAGAGUUCCCUUCCAUUAAAGAGGAAGAGGAGAAUGAAGAUGUCGCCCACUUCAAAGAAGAAGAUGAAGAUAUCACCUGCAUGAAAGAAGAAGAGGAGGAAGACGAGGUCCCCCACAUUAAGGAGGAAGAGGAAGCAGAAACUAUCACCAAGUUGCCACUCAGUGGUGUCCCUUUAAAGAGUAGAGAUGAAGGUCUAAGUGAGACGAGUAGAGGGCUGGAGCCUCGAAAGAGCAGCAAUUGUCGUCAACAUGUAACAGCAGAAAGUGAUGGAGACCACAAUGGAGGACUGCAAGCAGACGGGCUCUUAGCGCCUCUAUCAGAUAGUGAUGAGAUAAUGUCACACGCUCCUCACCCUGAUGACGAUGAUAAUGAUGAAGGUCAUAAGAAAGGGCACACUGAUGACAAACGCUGGAAAUGUUCUCCAUGUGGGAAAACCUUUACUUCUAAGUGGAAUUUGAAACAACACAUGAGAACGCACACUGGAGAGAAACCUUUUGCUUGUUCAUAUUGUGGCCAAAGAUUCUCUGAAAAAGGAAGUUUGACCAAACACACAAGAAAACAUACUGGUGAGAAGCCUUUUUCCUGCUCAAUUUGCAGUCAAAGAUUUUCUCAGAAGGGUGAUUUAAAAAUACACACAAGAACCCAUACUGGGGAGAAACCUUUCACCUGCUCAGUUUGCAGUCAACGAUUCUCUAGAAGGGGAAUAUUAAGAAGUCACUCAAGAAUCCACACUGGAGAAAAACCUUUUGUCUGCUUAGUCUGUGGCCAAAGAUUCUCACGGAAGGGAAUCUUAAGAAGUCACUCGAGAACCCACACUGGAGACAAACCUUUUGCUUGCCUAAUUUGUGGCCAAAGCUACUCUUUGAAGGGAUAUUUAAAAAGACACGCAAGAACCCACACUGAUAUCAAUGCAGAUCUUUGCCCAGAGCAACAGGAGCCAAAGCUAACAGACAUCAAAGAGGACAAAGCGCUACCCCACUUUAAAAAAGAAGAGGAGGAUCACCUCCAGAUCAAAGUAGAAGAGCCACCCAAAGAGGAGAAAGAAAUCACAAACUCAUCAUUGACUAGUGUGCCUUUGAAGAGUGAAGAUGAAGGUCCAUAUGAAGUGAGCAGAGGGGCAGAGGCUCCAAGCAGCAGCAGCAGCAACUCAAAUCAACACAUGACAACAGAAGGUAAUGGAGACCACCGUGGAGGAUCACAAGCAGAUGGCCUCAUAGCUCCACUAUCGGAUUGUGAUGACAUAACGUCAUUUUCCCCUCACACUGAUGAUGAUAAUGAACAGACUGAUGGUGCGUUUGAUGAUAAACCCUGGAAAUGUUGUCAAUGUAGGGAAACCUUUGCUUUUAAGAGCCGUUUGAAAAGUCAUAUGAUGAGCCACACUGGAGAGAAACCUUUUAUCUGCUCAGUUUGUGGUCAAAGAUUUGCCCAAAUAAAUACUUUGACAGCACACACAAGAAUACACACUGGUGAAAAACCUUUUUCCUGCUCAGUUUGUGGUCAAAGAUUCUCCCAGCAAGGACCCUUAAUAUGUCACAUUAGAACCCACACUGGUGAGAAACCUUUUCCCUGCUCUGUUUGCAGUAAGGCAUUCACUACAAAGUCAGAUUUAAAAAUACACACAAGAACACACACAGGUGAGAAACCUUUUACCUGUUCAGCUUGUGGUCAAAGAUUCUCUCAGAAGGGAAACUUAAAAACACAUAUUAGAACCCACACCGGGGAGAAAGCUGUUGCCUGUUCAGUUUGUGGUCAAAGAUUCUCUUAUAAAUAUCAGUCUAAGAAUCACAAGUGUGCUGGUCAACAUACCUGUGACAUAUAAAGGAUUAAAAGAAAUGAAAUGCUUCAACUCCAACCUUUGAAUCAAUCGCAACUGGAUGGUUGUGAUUUACGCAGACGACAUUUGGCCUGUCAUCUGAACAGUCUUCAUGUUCAAGCACCAAGGCUAGAUAGUACAGCUCAGGUUUGAGCUGUCUUCACUGGUCUUGGCACAUAGGCAAGGUCUUCUAGAAUGACUAGAACAGUCCAGUUGUGAUUGCUUCAACAUCCUGACAAACAAAAGACCCGGAUGACAGAAAAUCCAAAGGCAUCGAUGUUCAAAUAGGAAAUUAAUGGCUGGACACUGAUUUUGAAAGUGUUGUAUUUUAUCUCCCUUGUUACAGAUUCUGCAUAUUUUGCAUAUAUUCCUGUGCAAUUGUACUUUCUUAAAUCCUUGUUGUGGUCAAGUUUUAACAAUUAGCACUUCUGCCAAAACUUUUGUAGUAAAACAGCUACUUUGUUCAAUAUUUGUCAAGUUCCCAAUGUCAAAUAAAUUAAUGAUUGGAACAGACUGUGAAGAAACAUUUUGGGCAUAAGAUGGAAAAGUUAAAAUACAAUUUUGAUUAAAACAGUCCCGCCACAGGUUAUGAUUUUAAUUCACUCUGUGACCCUGUUUACAGCCUGAAAUAUGCAAACAUCAAGGUCAUGUUUGACAUUGGAACAAAUUAAAAUUCAGCGAAUCCAUUGUAGUCUGAGAAUGAAGUUGUAUUUUUUUUACAGCUACUGUUGUGCGGUUACAAGAAAUUACAUGAAAAACACAAGUAUAUGGACUCGACCAUUCUUUUUGCUGCUCAUAUUGUCGUCAAACAUUCUUUCAGAAAGGAGGUUGAUACAGAGAUUGAGAUGAUACCAAACCAAAAUGUCUUGUGACGUGACAAGUAUAGCAUACAGUAGGCCAGAGGACAUGCUUUAUUUGUGCAUAAAAAAUUUGUGCAUAGUACAGUUUAUCCACUACAUUAUCCAUCCUACACAUCUGACUCCUCUCCAGUCUGAAAAAUAUCCAUCUGAGCUACCUUUGGUGCAACACUGUCAAACUCAUCAUUAAUGACUUGGUCCAGUUCUGUUGCCUCCUGCAUUCAAGGACAGUAAUCCUAUCUUGCUCCCACAUCAUGUCAUCCUCAGUGCCAUCCAUGGCAUUUGUGAGGAAACAUUUUUUGAAUCCUAAGAGUCUUGGUUCCCUUUAUUCCUCAUUAUUGUCAACGCUUUGAGGGGAAGGUCCACCGCCCUCACACCGCAGCCUCUUGCUCCUAUUCUGCUACAAUCUGUAGCAGCUCUUCAUAGCGUCAGGUUGUUAUCAAAAUAAGAGCUCAAACUACGUAGAAAUAAGCGUAAUGGACACUAUUUAAAAAGCGAGCAUUUCAACUGUGUUUUGCGUUUAUUUUUAAAUGAUUGUACAAUCGUUCUAUGUAGUUUCAGCUCACGUUGUUUCACUUCCGGUUUGGCUGCGUCAGGUUUGGCAAGAGCGAUGACACAUUUCUUUUAAAAUCAGCUGCACAACUAGCCCUUGUCAUCGACAUUUUUGGUCUUCGUUUAAGUUAAAACAAACUCAUGGAGUUCAGGUUGGUUAUGCACAUUACCGUAAUAUAUAUAACUAUGUAACAUAAGACAUCGACUAUUGUAUCAAAAUGUGUAUGUAUAAUUUUUUUUACCACUCUAUGUACCUGUAUAUGACUAUACAAUGUGAUUGUAUUUUUUAUUUUUCAUCCAUACCUAAAUAUAAUGCCCUCUAUUGACUUUUUGGAAAUGUUUUGGGAAAAAAUUGCGCAUUAUUUGAGAAAUUACGGUAAUACUCUGACAGCUAUCCCUCUACUUCCUCUAAUCCAAGUUCCGGUUGCAGUGAACGCAUCUUAAGCAGGGAACCCCAAACGUCCCACUCCUGAGCCACUUCAUCCUGUUCUUUCGGGGGAACUUGAGGUGUUCCCACACCAGCCGGGAGACAUUAUCUACACCAUGUUCUGGGUCGUUUCUGGGGCUUCAUUCUGGUUUGACAUGCCUAGAACAUCCAACCUUGGGCUCGGGGGCAUCUUAACAAGAUGCCCUAAGCCACUUUAUCUGACUCUUCUCGAUGUGGAGGAGCAGCAGCUCGACUCUUAGCUGUUCCAAGAUAACCGAAAACUUCACCCUAUCUCAAAGGGAGAACCUGGACACCCUGUAGAGGAAACUCUUUCUGGCCACUUGUAUUCACGCUCUUUUUCUUCCAGUCAUGACCCACAGGUCGUGACCAUAGGUAAAUGUAGGAACGUAGCUCGACCGGUAAAUAGAGAGCUUUGCCUUUCAGUUGAGCUCCUUCAUCAAGAUAAACCAAUGCAGAUAAUGCUUCACAGAAGACUCUGCACCAAUCUACCUGUCAUUCUCACAAUCUAUUCUUCCUUCCACUUGUGAACACGACCUUAAGAUACUUGAACUCCUUCACUUUGGCAGGAUCUCUACCCUAACCAAGAGAAGCCACUGCACCCUUUCUGACUGAGUACCUUGGCAUCAGAUUUGGUGGUACUGAUUUUCAUCCAAUGUGAUUCACUCUGCUGCAACUGCUCCAGCGAGAGUUGAAGAAUACAGCAUGUUUGUAUCACCUGUCACAAUCAGGAAUCAGACAGGCCUGUUGGGGAAGGGCAUGGGGGCUUCGGAUUGUAAUGAAACCUGUGGCAAAAAACAAAUUAACAUUUGGAAUGGUUGGAGAGGGCCAGCUCAAUUUCUUCCUUCCUGGGAAGUUGAAGCUUUGGUGCCUGCAGUACGGGUUACUUCCUCGACUCCUUUGGCCACUAAGCAUCAAUGAAAUCCUGCUCUCAAAGCUGGAAAAGAGAUUCGUCUGCUCGUUUGUGAAGGAGUGGCUUGGCCUUUGCAGGUGCCUCAGAAGCAUUGGGCUCUACGGUAAGGGAAUGUUGAACCUGCCCAUUUCCAGCCUGGCAGAGGAAUACAAGUGCGCCAAAGUCAGACUGGAAAUGAUGCCACUGGAUUUCAGCAAUCCGCUCCUACCCCAGACUGCCCCCAUCAUGGCCACUCAGAGGAAGCGGACUCCACUGGCUGGAACUGAACAAACAGGCAAAGGCAGCACUCGGGCACAAGGACAUCGUUGGCCGAGUGAAGAGGGGAGGAGUGGCCUUGGGCUUGGGGCCAGCAGACCACUAUGGACCAAAGACACAACUGCUGAGAGGCACAAGCUGGUUGUCCAGGAGCUACGUCGGGAAGCGGAAGCAAAAUGGUGCGCCCAAGCUGUGUCGCAGGCCAACCAAGGCCAGUGGUUUGCCUGGGAAGAAGUGGAGGCAAGGAGGAUUACCUGAAAAGACCUGUGGGAGAUCGAGGCAUUCAGGGCAAGCUUUAAUCAUCAGAGCCGUUUAUGACGUCUUGCUUUUUGGCCCACCCAAUACACAACACACACAACAUUGUUUUUAAAUACGUUACCGCUCAAAUUCAACUCUUGUGUGACUCUGGAUAUGGAUAACAGAUUUGCUUCGUUUAAGUGUGUUCGUUCUUUUCGUAACAGUAAUUCCCCAGCAGAGGGUGCUGCCCAGCUCAUUCGCAGAAGAAAGUAAAGCACAGCGUGUGAAAGUUGUUAGCAAAUGCUAUUUACAGUGAAGAAAAUAAGUAUUUGAACACCCUACUAUAUUGCAAGUUCUCCCACUUAGAAAUCAUGGAGGGAUUCUAAAUUUUUAUCGUAGGUGCAUAGCCACUGUGAGAGAGAAAAUCUCAAAAGAAAAAUCCAGAAAUCACAAUGUCUUCUUU